CUUAUUUACGCCUUGUUUGCUCUUGUACUUGGCAGCAAGCGAUAAGUACUUACGGUAAGAUAUUUUAUCCAAUUUCUCUUUUCUCACUCGUGCCGUGAUGGUUCUAACGUGAACCUGCUUCGCAAUGCAGCCAUCUACUGCGACAUGGCCGAUCAGUCUGCGACAUUGAAUGGCGACACGUCGCUCCCCGGCGCUGACACCCUCGAGCCACCCGCUGACCCUUCCUCGGUCGCGGCUGUGCCUGCACCUCCGCCUGAAGCCCCGGCUGCCGACCCUGCAACACCCGCAAAGAGACCGCGUGGCCGGCCGAAAGGGAGCAAGAACAAAUCGACCCUCGCAGCGGGCACGGCGGAUCCUGCGACGCCUGUGGUGAAGCGGCCGGUGGGUCGACCGCGGGGGAGCACGAAGAAAAGCGAGGCCGACGGGGUGAAGGUCAAGCGGCCCGUUGGACGGCCGCGGAAGGAUGGGCUGCCGCCUGGGUCGGGGAGACUGAGUCUCGGGACGAGCGCAGCAGACAAACAGCACACGCAGUGGUUCCCACUCCAAGGUGGGCCGAUGGAGAGCCUGUCCGCGCCACCAUCGACGACGACGCGGCCUAUCGCAUCCCACGCGUCCCUCGCGGCUGCCAGCAACGCAAACUGGUCAGAACUCGUUCGAUCGCACCCGGAAGACUUUCUGCAGGCGUUAAUCGCCGCGCUGGAUCCCCCCGAUCCCGGAUCAUCCACCGUGUCAAUCGAGGACGCUUUCAAAUCGCAUCUAGGCUCGCUCGCGCCGCCGAGCUCUGCCUCGCCCACCAACGCGACGCCGACGCUGUACUCGAUCCUGCGCACGUUCUGGCUGCCGACGUCGCCGAGCUACUUCUCGCUCACGGCGUCCGCGUCGUCGCGCAUGCUCUCGCCGCACCGGUUCCUGUACUGGGACCCGCAGCCGCUCGUGUUCAAUGGGCUGGCGUGUCCGACGUGCGCGGCUGCGCUGGUGAACCACGGCCGGAUUCGAUCGGGUCCGCUGGCCGUGCACGAUCUGACGGGCCCGUUUUACAUCAUCGGGUGUUCGUAUGUGUGUGCCAGCAACCAUGUGUUCGCGAGCACGGACCCGUCGAUCCGGCGUGUGCUGCCCCCGGCGCUGGCGGAUGAGUUCCCGGCGCGAUUGGGCGAGCAGGAUGUGGGGGUCGGUGCUGAUAUAUGGAACUGGACGAGCCGCGGCGUGAGUCGCGAGCUCUGGAACCUAGUGGUCAGUGCGCUGCGGUGUGGCAUGAAGAAAAGCUUCAUCCUUAGGAUGGUAAGAGAGACCAGACGCGGCGUUAAAGACACAGAAGAAGAGGAAGAACAACAUGAUGCGCGGGGCCAUCCAGCCGGUGCCGAUCAAACGCUGCAGACUGGGCCUAGCCUUGCUGAUGUGUGGUCCGCUGCGACGGCGCUCCGGCCUGAGCUGCGCAACAACCCCUACGCAUCCCUGGCCGCCCCGGCGCUCGGCAUUUCGUUCGUGGGACCGUCCUUCAUCCCAGGAUAUCCGCAGCCUCCGCCUCCGCCGCCUCCGCCGCCGUUCCUGCCGAACCCGCAGGCCGCGGCGUCCCCGACCGCGGCAGAAGCCGACCCCGCAGCGGAGACGCGCAAACGUGCGCGAGAAUCCGAUACUGACGGCGGCGGACCCGCUGCUGUCAAAGUACGUCAUCCCCGUCGGUGUGCGAAAUGUGGCUCAGACCAGUGCAAAGGCAAGGGUGGAUCCAAGUUCUGCCCCAGCCCCUGUGUAGACUGCGGCAAGUUUGCAUGCAAGGGCCGCAACAGCCGACGGCCGGACCGCCCGUGCGAUGAGGCUUGGGACGAGGUGUAGUGCAGGGUGGGUUUAGGGUUGCGUAAACGUCCGAAUGUAUUCCAUGUACAUAUGUUACGUAUGUGUGUUGUUGUGUGCUAGUUGUAUUUAAACGAAUCACGAGUUAUCCUCGCAA